UUCACAUCUGAGCUGGGACUGAGGAUGUGACAGACGGCACAAUGAUGCGGUGGGAGAAAUAUACGAUUGUGGCUGCUGUCCUGCUGUGUGCUGUCAGAGCGCUUUGCAGAGAUGAUGUGAAGGAUAAAACCUGCGUACCCAGCACCGAGGUGAAGUGUUUCCUUCCAACUGAUUAUCUGAACACAUCUGAAGUUGUCAGCAUUAAGUUAUCUGCGGGUAUGAAGCUCAUCAUCUCCCAUCUGGGCCUCUCUGGUUAUCCUGUCUGCCGCUGGGGCAGAGCAAAAGAUCCAGUAAUAACAAUAAACGGGAGCUGCUCCAUAGUCACCUCACCUCUUUUUGAGGCAGAUUCAGGCAUGUACACGCUGACCUGUGAAGCUAAUAAUGAGACAAAUUUCUCAAAAACUGUGGAUCUUCAAGUUGUGAGACGUCCCACAAAACCACAGUUGGUGCUCGUCCUCAGCAAACAGAGAAAGCGGUCCCCCUCACUUAAGUGCACCUCAAAGGGAUCCCCAAAACCCAUAAUUGAUUGGCUAGGACACAAGAAUGCUGAAAUAGUGUCAUCUAGUGCAUAUUACAAUAGAAGAGCGAUGUGUUGUGCCACCAACAGUGAAGGACAGGAAUGCACGCAGCUGCAUGACUAUGACUUGGAGAGCGCUUCAAUUGAAACUGAUGAUGCUGAGGUGACCGUGAGCCCCAGAGAGCCUUUACUACUUCGUUGCAGAACACCCGGGUUUGGACCAUCACAUGCUGCAUGGGAGAGGAAUGGCAGUGUACUGGACCCCAACUCAAUGUCAUGUGAAAAAGAGACUGAGAUCUGCAUUCAAAAGGAUAAGCAUUUUGGUAUUCUGAUGACCUACCUGUUCAUCAAAUCAGUUAGUCUGGAGCAUGGUGGCAGAUACACCUGCAAGAAUCCAGGAAAAAACAAAAUGCAGUCUGUUCACAUUCAGGUUGAGGGUGAUGAUUUCCUUUCUGCUCAAGUCGAUGAGAGCAAGAUCGUGACAGCUCAGAAUAAAACCCACUCCUGUUUGCAUGCACACGUUUCCUACCACCCUGUGCUCCAGCGCUGUUCCUGGGAGGCUCCUAAUAAGCACAUGACUGACUGCAUUAGGGAUCAAUGGGUAACAAAGCACAGCAUUGUGAAGUUAUGUGAUCCACUCCAGUCAGGGGUUUAUAAGUUACACCUCCAAGCUGGAGGAAAGGCUGAAACAAAGAAUAUAACAGUUUGUGUUGUAGAAACACCUAACUUCACAUUCAAGACUCAUGGGAAUGCUACCACCUUUGAGACAUCUACCCUUGUUCCAGCAGACUACAUGUGGAUGACUUGCUCUCCAUCCAACGACAGUUGUGAAACAGACUCAUCGUGGAAAGUGUACCAGUGGGGCCAUGAACCAGGCUCUGAUGACUUCUGUAACAAGGCAAUCAAGAGAUCAUUGAGCUUUGCCCCACUGCCUGGGACACAUUUAAAGUUCUGUGUGAGAAACUCAUUUGGGAACUGGUGCAGUUCUAAAUACCCAAUAUAUUACCCAUAUACAUCCGAGGCCUCCAAAGGUGUUUUAAAACAAGAUGACAAGUUAAUGAUGCUGCUGAAGAUUAGCAUUUUCAUCCUGCUCCUGGGGUUGACAUUCAUUCUUGUGGCACUCAUGUACUUUGUCAAAAAGAGGAAACCCAAAUAUCAGCCUCAGCUUCAGAUGAUCCAGAUGGUUGGACCCAAUGACAACGAUUACAUCUACAUCAACUUCAAGGACUUUGCUUAUGAUCAAAGAUGGGAGUUUCCCAGGGAGAACCUUGAAUUGGGUGGAGAACUGGGUUCUGGAGCUUUCGGCAUGGUAGUGCAGGCUAUAGCUCAUGGCAUCAACCAGGCUGGAGUCUCCCAGAAGGUGGCUGUGAAGAUGCUGAAAGACAAACACAUGUCGGUGGAGAAGGAGGCUCUCAUGUCUGAGCUGAAGAUGCUGACUCACAUUGGCCACCAUACCAACAUCGUGAACCUCCUCGGGGCAUGCACAGAGUCCGGACCCAUAUACCUGAUUUUCCAGUACUGCUGUUAUGGAGACCUGUUGAACUAUCUGAAGAAGAACAGUGACCGCUACCACAAGUCUGUGACGGAUGCAUUUAACAGGGACCGUUUUAGAAGCCUUUACCACAACCUGCAGUACAAGGAAAACAAAUGCGAGCUUGUGGCAACCAUCGACAACUACGUGCUCAUGCACAACUCCACCACCAGGGGGCAGGAGGACAUCGCCCUCCUCACCCUCAGCUCUUGUGACCAAGACAGUUACGUUGAUGCAGAAAUAUUUGAGAAUGCAGAUGAUGAGACGGAGGACCUGCAGGCCCUGACCUUUGACGACCUGCUGAGCUUUGCCUUCCAAGUGGCCAAAGGCAUGGAGUUCCUUGCUUCCAAGAAUUGCAUCCACCGGGACCUGGCAGCUCGAAAUGUGUUAGUGACCAAAGGCAGACUGGUGAAAAUUGGUGACUUUGGGUUGGCCCGGGACAUCGAUAAUGACUUCAACUACGUUGUGAGAGGAGAUGUGCGUUUGCCAGUGAAGUGGAUGGCGCCGGAGAGCAUCUUUCAGGGAGUGUACACCAAUAGGAGCGACGUGUGGGCUUAUGGCAUUCUGCUUUGGGAAAUCUUCUCACUCGGUGUCACUCCAUACCCAGGUGUGAGGGUGGAUCACACAUUUUAUUCAAUGAUUGAAAGAGGAUUUAAGAUGGAGUGUCCAUACUAUGCCAACGAGUCUGUGUAUGAUAUGAUGUGCAAAUGUUGGGGCCUUGACCCCUACAAUCGCCCAUCUUUCUCCAAGUUGGUGUCCUUCAUGUCCAACCAGCUGACGGACCUGGAGGAGAAGCUCUACCACAACAUGCUCGACCAGACUACCAGCGACUACCAGAACUCAUUGGUCGUUUUUGACGAUCCUGCCUUUGCACAACACAACGAGAGCAAGACAGAGGGCACCAAUAACUCCUGCCAAGCCUACGCAACUGAGGAGAGAAAAGAAGAGGCACUGAACUCAGACGCUGCAGCAGCUCAGGAGGAACCUCUGAAACCAUCUGAUGCCCAGUAACUGCAUAUUACAUGUUAAUGGUUAAGCUAUUUUAUUCAAAGAGAUAUAUAACGAUUUUUUGAUACGCUUGUAUUUGUUUCUGUUAUGUUAUGUUUCUGUGAUAACUCAGCCUUAAUGUAUAUUAUGAAGCAGCUCUGUGUGAAAAACUAAAUGCACCUUGACGACUUCCAUCUACAUUAGGAUAAGAUGUAUAUGAGUGACAGGCACUACUGAUCAAAUUUAAUUAAUUAAUUGAUCAUUGUCAGUUGUGACCACCUCUAUAAUAGCAGACAUGUUGCAGAUAUUUGCUCUGGAGCAGUCAAUUGUGUCUUCAGAUGGUAACCCCCCC